AUAUAUAUAUAUAUUUAUAUAUUUCAAGAAGGCUUUUAAAAUAUAAUAUAACCAUAGAGUUGAUCUCCUUCGGUUUGAAAUGGAGAAAGAUCAGAGGGCGGCGAUGUGGGCGGCGGUGGCGGUGGUGGUGAUGGCGGUGGUGUGGAGUGGAGCGGCGGCGGCGCAGCAAGUGCCUUGCUAUUUCAUAUUUGGUGAUUCAUUGGUGGACAAUGGAAACAACAACCAGCUUCAAUCUUUGGCAAGAGCUGAUUAUUUACCUUAUGGGAUUGAUUUUGGUGGACCCACUGGAAGAUUUUCCAAUGGCAAAACUACUGUUGAUGUUAUUGCGGAGCUAUUAGGAUUUGACGAUUACAUUCCUCCGUACGCCACCGCAAGAGGCCGAGAUAUCCUCAGAGGUGUCAAUUAUGCUUCCGCCGCCGCCGGAAUCAGGGAGGAAACUGGACGCCAAUUGGGAGGAAGAAUAAGCUUUAGUGGGCAGGUGGAGAAUUACCAAAACACAGUGUCUCAAGUUGUAGAAUUGCUUGGAGAUGAGGACUCAGCUGCAGAAUAUCUCAGUAAAUGCAUUUAUUCAAUAGGGUUGGGAAGCAAUGACUAUCUCAACAACUACUUCAUGCCCCAAUUUUACUCAACAGGCAACCAAUAUACACCUCAACAAUAUUCUGAAAACCUUAUUCAACAAUAUGCUGAACAACUUAGGCUUUUGUACAACUAUGGAGCUAGGAAGUUUGUGCUAUUUGGACUUGGUCAGAUUGGUUGUAGUCCAAAUGAGUUAGCACAAAACAGCCCAGAUGGAAAGACUUGUGUUCAAAGGAUAAACUCAGCCAAUCAAAUAUUCAAUGCUGGUCUUAAAUCUUUGGUUGAUCAAUUCAACAACAAUCAAGCUGAUGCAAAAUUUAUCUACAUUGAUUCUUUUGGCAUUUUCCAAGAUGUCAUUGACAAUCCAGCAGCCUUUGGUUUUAGAGUUGUCAAUACUGGGUGUUGUGGAGUAGGAAGGAACAAUGGACAAAUUACAUGUUUACCCUUUCAAACUCCAUGCUCAAACAGGGAUGAGUACCUAUUUUGGGAUGCAUUUCAUCCAACAGAAGCAGGGAACGCCGUCGUGGGCCGGAGAGCUUACAGUGCUCAACGUCCAACAGAUGCAUACCCAGUCGAUAUUCAUCGUCUUGCACAACUCUAAGAGUGAUUCCAGGAUAUAUGUUAUGGAUUUGAUAGUGAGUUAUAUGGUUCAUAAUAUAUAUAUAUAUAUACACUUCUUUUCAUUAGUUUCCCUUUUUCUUCAUUGAGUUUGGGUGUGUCUGUCUUUUGGUGUCUGUAUUAUUGUAGUUGUGUAAUUGUUGUCUACAAAUGCUAGUAAUUAAAUUGUUAUUUUUCUAAUGUUUCAAAGUA